AUGUCGCGUUAUGUGUUGGAAGAGGUGUCAAAUUUCCGCGACUACACAAGGGGUCAGGAGCUGGCUGACGUUCUUAACUCGACAUACAACGAGCGCCGCAACGGUCUGUCAGAUGUGCGCGUGAGCCCCGAUGGACGUCACCUCCAUGUUAUCCUCCGCAAGCCCACGGUCGGUCUCAUGACUUUUGACAAGAAUGACAGACCCCAGCUGGCCCAGAGCCAAAAGAAGCUGGAUUUGUGGCUGAAACGAACCGUUCCCAUUGUGGAUAUUUUGUAUUUGGACCAUCACAACAACAACAGCAGCAGCAGCAUCCCAGGCACGACAGUUGUGGCAGUGAUUUAUGAAAAUGGAAAAGCUGAGUUCUGGAAAUUCCAGGAGCCCAAGGCGGGCUGGAAUCUCCUCCAGACUUCGGAUCUGUGCAACAGCCCCCGGGCCCGAGUGGUGUCCGCCUGCGUUUGCCUCAACCUGAUCAUCUGGUGUGAGGAGCGGCCCCCCUCAGAGAGCUCCCCCGCCCUCAGCUCCACCAGAAACUACCUGAGGUACUGUGUUUGCAGGCGGGACUUCGAGGUGGAGGAGGGCGCCGUCGGCCUGGGGGGGGUGAGGAUCACCCUGCACAACAACCCUAAAUUCACUGUGAUCAGUUCGGGCGAGAACGUGCAUCUCCUCCCCGACCUGAAAGUCAAGCCCAUUUUGAGCGUCUCCAAAUUCUUCCUCUCCUGGUCGCCGCACCGGGACUCGUUCACGGUCGGCACCGCGUGCAAGAACGCGCCCAUUAAAAAGCUUCCGGCCAAAGAGUCUGACUUCAAGAAGCUGGUCACGGACUGUCUGGGGUACUUGUCGUCUCUGGAGCCCCCCGAGAUCUACGACUUCUGCCCGGCGGGCUGCGGGGGCCUGCUGCUGCUGCUCAGCACGGGCUGGCUGUGCCUCCUGCAGAAGGACGGCGUCCUGCGGCAGGUGUACAAGCUGGCCGACAACUGUCUGGUCAGGUUUGGCACCCACACCAGCGUUUGUGUGUACCAGAACAUCCUGGCGCUGUUAGUCGGGCAAACGCUGCAUCUAAUAGACUUGAACUGUGGCAGAGAGCUGGAAAAGAUUUUAUUAAAGAGAGAGGGGUUGUUGUACACAAACCAGGCUGAAAAGUGGACCCCGCAUCUGCUCUCAGAAACUGGACUUUUUGUGGUCAGGAACAAGGAAAGGGACUCCAGAGAGCGCAGCUCUAAAAUGAAGCCCCCUGGCAGCACCGCGGCCAUUAUUCAUCCGGAAGCCCUUUUGGUCGAGGCUGUCUUUGAGGAGGCCUGUAAAUACUACCAGCAGAGGAGCCUGAGCAGCACCCAGCUUACCGUGGACUCCCUAAAGAAAGGGGGUCGGUUCCAAGCCCCCAUCGCUUUGGCCUCCAUCCUGGAGAGCUACCUCAGCACGGGUCAGACGGGGAAGAGCGCGGGGGGGUUGCAGAAUGGAGGCGAAUGUAUGGCGGGGCAGGACAAACUCAAGGGCUCCCUGCAGGCUGAGCUCAAGGCUCUGGUCUCUCUGGAGGACGUGAAGGGGAGUCUGGUGAAGGGAAGUGUUAAAGAUGUGGAGGCAGCGUGUGAGACUCUUGUAGAGAACGAGGUGUCGAGGCUUCUGUCGUCCCCCGAGCUGGACAAAGAGGCCCUGCACUACCUGAACUCCAUCUUCAAGCUCUUCCCCGGCCACGCCUGGAGGGCAACGCAGGCCGCGCUGAAGCUGCACUACAACGGGGAGGGCUCUCUGUCCAGCAGGGCCCCCCCGGACGUGUGGAAAACAGUCCUGAGCCCCCCGCCCAGCUUCAGCCCCUCUCCCUCCCUCCUCUUCGCAAACGGCCAGCCCAAACACAAUCACAGUCUGAAAGGCGAUCACAACCACGCGGACAGACCGGUCUCCUCCGCCCACCCUGCCGUCCUGCCAGUGUUCGAGCUCCUCUGCCAGUCGGUGUUCCGCUUCCAGCCCAGCUGGCUGCCGCAGUUCCUGCAGCUGGCGCAGCAGCAGCAGGGCUCAGCGGGCCUGGGCCUGGGCCUGGCCUCCUCCUCCUGGGGCUUCUCCGGCGGGAGAGGAGGGGAGGGCGGGGAGAACAACGUGCCGCUCUAUAAACGCGCGCUGUGCACCCUGUCCAGCCUGAACCCCGACCGAGACCAGCUCCGGGACUUGGAGGUGGAGCUGCUGCUGGUCAGCGGACGGCCCAACGCCAUUUUGCAGGCGCUGAGGAUCCUGAUGGGCCAGCAGCAGUGGGAGCGGGUCACCCGGGUGGCCCAGCUCUUCUGCAAGCAGAGCCCGCUGCUCAACAAGGAGAUCUUCACCACGCUGCUUUGCGAGGUGACGCACCACAGAGACCUGGACCCCUACCUGGAGCUGCUGUGGGCGCUGUGCCCUGAAGACUUCACCGUCACCAGCAUCCUUAACUUGGUGUUAAAGAACCUCCCGUCCCCUAACACUCUGUCCCACUCCUCCUCUUUCUACAUGUCGUGUGCGGGCGCCCCCUCUCCGUCCCCUUUCGCAGACUCCCACAGCAGCCAGCUGACCAUCGGGCUGUUGAAGCCCCUGCUGAGAAAGGUUCUCCAGAGGGAGACCAAGCCCAGCCAGCGGUACGCCGACAUCCUCCAGUCGCCAUCGUACCCGCCUCCAGCUCUUCCCCGCCAGCCCACUGAGCAGGCGGCCGCCGGGGCCGAUCGCAGCCCCGACCCGGCUCCGGGCAGCAGCGCUACCGCGCCAGCCGCUCCCGGAGAGACUCCCCAGCAGCAGCUGUCCACACACCCCACCCCUCAAAGAGCCAGGGUGGCACUGCCCGCUAACCCAGUUGGAUACACUUAA